UCUACAAGGUAGCUACCACGUUCGCCCCACAGAGCGCUCCUUCACAGAAAACGAAAAAAAACAACUCUCUCCCUUAUCCUCAUUAUGCCUCGCAUCAUACGACUUGCUCCUAACGCUGUCUUGAGACUCGGUCCGCCCUCUCCAGAUUGUUCUGACUCUGAUACGUGUCAGAUAACUGACAAACCAAAACGUCAGGACACGUCCUCGCUCAAAAUCAUUAUUCCCGCGCGCAUGAAACGCCUCGUCAAGCAUCAGCGGCGCUCCAGCUCUUCUGAGCGCUCCGACUCAGAACUCCCCUCAGUAGAAGAGUCACGAAGCCAGACAGACAAAAGUCAGGAUAAAUCAGACAUGCCGCGUCUGACCAUCAAAAUUAGGCCCUUGCAACACCCGAUUCCCGUUGCAGCGGAUCAUAACUCGGGCGAUGGUAAUGCACAGGACAACGAGAAGGAGGAGACCCGAAGCCUUACCGAAGUAAGUGGGGCUGAAUCGGGUGCGCCUCGUCUGCUUAUUAGACUUCAGCCCCGCCAGAGUGUUAUCGCGACGGAUGACAACUCCGACGAUGGUAAUGCACAGGAGAACGAGGAGGAUAGCAGUUACUCCGAGAGUUGCGACAAUGAAUCGGCGGAGGAAUACUUACCUCCACGUAAGCGCCAGCGUCGAUGUCUUGAAGCCAUCUCCAACCUCCCGUCAUCGCGGGACCUCUCCCCCACUUCUGCUUCCCCUAAGCACAAUAAGGGAGUCUACCCACUGUAAGGUGUCUGUGUCAAUAAUACGAACAUCAAUGAAAUAUUAGCUGGGUGCUAUAGAUGUCCUUCGUUCGAAGGGCAGUGAAGAGCGAUUGGUGGGGAAGAUGAAGGUGUACAAGCGCAGCCGCUACUGUGAAAUAUUUACGACGUUAAUGAAUUGGAUUCGGACAAAGCAUGGUCACAAAUUGAUUUUCUGUGACGGUAUGCUUGAUCUUGUUACCCGUUUCUGAAACAAGGC